CCCUUUCCAGAAUACUUUAUUUCUAAAAAAUAAUUGGUCAAUUCAUUAGCGUAUGAUGAGAAAAGAAGAACUUCAUUGCUUUGAAUUGGUAAUAUUUUGGGCAACGAAAAACUUGAGUCUGCACUUGAAAAUAUAAAAACAUUAUAGAGUAGUGUAGCAACAUACAUUUGUUUAACUAUGGCUGUUUUUGCAUCUGUAUCAUACUUUGUUUUGAUAAUCCCCUUUGUCACUUCAUUGUCUUUCAAUUUUGAUAGUUUUAAUCCCAAUGAUCAGAAUAUAACAUAUGAGGCAGAUGCUUAUCCAAACGGUGUAAUUCAGCUCACCAAAAACGAGCAGGGUAGUGGUUUAAACGAUAGCAUAGGCCGAGCUACAUAUUCUAAAACACUCUAUCUUUGGGACAAGGCUUCUGGGAAUAUCACCGAUUUCACUACUCACUUCUCCUUUGGAAUCAAUUCACUGGGAAAAAACUUAUAUGCUGAUGGUCUUGCCUUCUUCCUCGCUCCUGCAGGUUCAAGAAUUCCUGAUAAGAAGUCAGCCGCAGGAGGCGGCCUUGGCCUUGCAAUUGAUAGUCGACAAAAUACAUCGAAAAAUCAUCCUUUUGUUGCUGUUGAGUUUGACACCUUUAAGAACUAUUAUGAUCCACCAGGUGAUCAUGUAGGUGUCAACAUCAACUCCAUGGUAUCUGUUGUUAAUGUGACUUGGUUUAGUAGCAUUCCAAAUGGUAAGAGAACUGAUGCCUGGAUUACUUAUAAUUCAACCUCAAAAAAUCUUAGUGUUGUCUUCACCGGUUUCCAACCACAAGGGAAUACCACAGUCACUUUCCUGCAGACUCUAUCUUACAAUAUUGAUCUGAGGGACUACUUGCCAGAAUGGGUCACUUUUGGCUUCUCAGGUGCAACAGGAUCCCUCUUUGCAUUACAAACCAUUUAUUCUUGGAAUUUUACUUCUUCUUUAAAAUAUAAUGACAACAUAACAGAUCCAUUUGUGCCCCUACCAAGCCCUGUGCCACAUCCAGAUGUAUCCCUACCAACCCCAGAUCCAGAUCCAGAUCCAGAUCCUUCAAGCAAAAAACUGUCAGGACUAGUAAUUGGAUUGAUUUCUGGCGGUUGUGUUUCGGUAGCACUAUCUGUUUUGAUAUUGUUUGCAUUUUGGAGAAAGAGGAAGGUCAGAGAAUAUGAAGAUGAAGAUGAAGAUGAUAUUAUUGACAGUUCCAUGACUAAUGAAUUUGAAAGAAGCACAGGACCAAAGAAGUUCUUGUACAGUGAGUUGGUUAGAUGUACAAAUUACUUUUCGCGGGAAGAGAUGCUUGGGCAGGGUGGGUUCGGAGGUGUUUAUAAAGGAUAUCUCAGUGAAUCCAACUCCUAUAUUGCUGUUAAGAGGGUUUCAAGGGAGUCAAAGCAAGGAAUAAAAGAGUAUGCAUCAGAAGUCAGGAUCAUCAGCCGGUUAAGACAUAAACAUUUGGUGCAACUCAUUGGUUGGUGCCAUCAAAAAAGAGAACUUCUACUUGUCUAUGAGUUUAUGCCUAAUGGAAGCUUAGAUUACGAUCUCUUCAAGGGAAGAAGCCAUUUGACAUGGUCAAUAAGAUUCAAGAUUGCUCAAGGCUUGGCCUCAGCGUUGCUUUAUUUACACGAUGAAUGGGAACAAUGUGUGGUGCAUAGGGACAUAAAGUCGAGCAACAUUAUGUUGGAUUCCAAUUUCAACGCUAAACUUGGGGAUUUUGGUUUGGCUAGGCUAGUUGACCAUGAUAAGGGAUCCCAAACAACAGUUUUGGCAGGCACGAUGGGUUACAUGGCUCCUGAAUGUCUCACCACUGGCAAAGCUAGCAAGGAAACAGACGUCUAUAGCUUUGGUGUUGUCGCAUUAGAAAUAGCUUGUGGAAGGAAACCUAUUGAUCCUAAAGCUGAGGAGCAUCAAGUAAAUAUUGUCGAUUGGGUUUGGAGACUUUACGGGAUGGGAAAUAUUCGUGAAGCAGUUGAUCCUAGACUCUCAUCAGAGAUCAAUGAAGAGGAGGUGGAGCACUUGCUAAUUGUUGGUUUAUGGUGUGCUCAUCCAGAUAACAAUUGCAGGCCUUCUAUUAGGCAAGCAACUCAGGUUCUUAAUUUUGAAGCUCCGUUGCCCACACUCCCUCCAAACAUGCCUGUACCGACAUAUUGCAGUCUGCCACAAUAUGGACCAACUACUUCAUUUGCAUCACCAUACGACUCUAAUGGUCCUGGGAUAUCUGAAAUACACUCUUCAGGGACUAGAGACUACACUGGUUCUUCAAAUAACACAGCAGCUUCUGCAGCAUCUUCGCCUUCCGCAUCACUUUUGUACACACGUUGAUAUUGUCUUAUAAAUGAACAGGUCUUUUAUUUCCCUGCAUUCAAUCUUUCAAUUGCAGUGUCCAACUUUUGGUCUAUGUAUUCUUUAUUAUUUCUACUUUUAUGAAGAUGAUUGAAUGAAUCACAA